CCGAACCCUAUUCACGACUGUGCCUUCUCACAAAGCUUCCAGCUUUCUCCCUCCCAGUUUCAUUCUCUAUUCAAAUCCCGACCCUACACGCGUUCGCUAACAUAUUGCUAUCAUGCUUUCUUAGUUGAACUGUGAAAGCCUUUUUCUUUCUCAAAAAACAAUGGUGGGAAUCAUGAAUUCGAAUUCGAGGGAAAAGCUGGCGAGUCUGGUGAACUCGGUUAAGAGGGCCAUGGACUUGCAUUCGAAGCUUGAAUAUUUGCGUCUAUUGAAGCAAGGUUUGCCGCAUGAGGGAACCAUUUUUCCUUCUGAGUUUCUACCUCUUCUCUUCAACCUCCUCGCCGACGAAUUCGCUCCGGUUCGCAAGUUUGUCACUGAGAUAAUUGGUGAAGUUGGAGUGAAGCACCUUGAAUAUUUACCUGAAAUAGUGCCUGUUUUGAUAAAUGUCCUUAAAGAUGAUACACCAGCUGUUGCUCGGCAGGCCAUCACUUGUGGAGCUGAUUUAUUUCACUGCACUCUAGAAAAAGUUGCGAUUCAGGGUCUGCACUCCAGCGAGUUGGACAAUUCUCUUGAAUCAUCAUGGGCGUGGAUGUUAAAGUUCAAGGACGAAAUAUUCUCCAUAGCUUUUCAGCCCGGGAGUGGUGGCGUAAGACUGCUGGCGCUGAAAUUUGUUGAAGCAGUUAUUCUUGUAUAUACACCUGAUCCAAAUGGCUCUUUAGAGCCCCCUUAUGAAGGAAAUCCUGUAGGGUUUAAUAUAUCUAGUCUUCGUGGAGGCCAUCCUGUACUAAACAUUGGAGAUUUGUCAGUUGAGGCAAGCCAAAGAUUGGGUUUACUAGUUGAUCAGCUUAGGUUCCCAACAGUGAAAUCUCUUGGUAGCUCAGUGAUCAUUGUUCUUAUUAAUAGGUUUUAAGAAUUUGAUUAUAAA